AUGAAGUUAGCACCGGCGCAAACUCCUCAUCUAUGGCCGACAAAGCGGUAUCUGGGCGACAAAAAUCAUAACGAGGACAGCUUGAACCAUGCUCACGAGACGGCAGAUAAUGUGUGUCUGAUUUUCUCGGUUAACAAGUCCGGUAAAUACUACGGGUAUGCUCGGAUGAUAUCUCCGAUACAAGACGACGACGACCUGAUCCUGGUGAUGCCAUCUCGUCCUGACCACGUUCAUCCGGAGUCACAGGAUCUCGAAGUGACGUCGACUCUCGCGGCCUCCACGGCUUCCAAUGGAUGGAUCAUCGCUGAUGGAGCGCACGGGACUAUUCUGGGAAGCCGAGACAUCGGAGGAUAA